GGAAUGGGAGAGUUACCAGGACCUGUAACAGAAAAGCUACAGAUUUCCCCCAAAUUGGAUUCAGAGCAUCCUCUAACGGCUCACGCUCCCGCCAUCAAGUAUUACACGGCCCUGGUCACGGGAGACCUGAGAAACCUCGAGGUCCUGACUGACCGAUACUAUCAAGAUGUCAACCUGGUUUUUGAGAUCAGUAAAAAUGAGAUGGAAUGGCAGGUGAAAAGCCAAGCAUCUUAUGGACUCUCAGGUACUUUUCCUUUAAAGGCCAGUCCAGAAAAAUUGAAAAACCAGGUUGGGAUAGGGGCGAUUCAUGGCUUAGGCAUGCUUGCAAGAGGGCUGGCAGCCCAAACUCCCCAUGCAGGGGCUCAGAAGGAGCAGCCCAGUCCCACCCAGCAGGAACAAAAUUCUUUUUUGUACCUGGUGCCUCCCAAGCCCAAAUGGCUGGUGCACAGGGGACGGGAACCCAGUGGGUCAGCCCUGGGCAUCAGCCCUGCUCCCUCCUCCCCACACCCUGACCUGGCACCGGGGGGACGCGGGCCCCUGCAUGAAGCCUGCCUGGGAGGGCACGCCGACUGUGUUGAGCUGCUGCUGGAGCACAGGGCUGACCCCAACCUGCGGAGUGACGAAGGCCUGGCCCCACUGCACCUCUGCACCGCCCAGGACUCCCUGGGAUGUGCCAAGCUCCUGCUGAGACACGGGGCCACCGUCAACCUGCCCAGCGAGGACGGGGGGGAGACGGCGCUGCACGUGGCAGCCAGGCACUGCCUCUUCAACGCCAUCGACUACAAUGGCAUCUCCCCGCUGGGCUGCGCGCUGCAGAGCGCCGCCUUCAAGAGGGAGCUGCGGCCUCACCUCGCUGUCCAGCUGCUGCUCAACCAUGGCUCCCAGAAGAUAUGGCCCCCCGCCUUCGUCAAGGUGCUGAAGUCCUGCGCAGCCGUGCCGGAGAUCAUCGAAGUCCUCUUCAAUUCCUACUCGCAAAUCCCCAUCUCUGAGAAGUGGGCCGAGGCCGUGCCGGAGGAGGUGUUUCAGCAGCACCAGCUAUUCUACGAGUCCUUUUUCCAGCUGGCAGGCACAGUCCGGUGCCUGCAACAUUUAUGCCGCUCCGCCAUUCGGAAAAAGUUUGGCAGCAAAUGCCAUUGCCUUAUCCCCUUGCUGCCUGUGCCCAAGCCUUUGCACAAUUACCUGCUGCUGGAGCCUGAAGGAGUCGUGCUUUGA